CCUUUGUCCUUCCAGCAUCGCCGCUGCGAUGUCCUCAGCCGACGUCGCACAGGGCGCCAUCGCGCCGUCAGUGCCAGAUGAAAUCCUCUCCGCGCCAACGAACAUCACUGCUGUUGAAGAAGUCAACGACGAUCUGCUUCAACGACUUCCCUACGAGAUACUAACCGAUGUCAUGAUGCGCCUGGGUUCCCCGCAGUGGGUGCUCGCGGUCGCGCGUACUAGCCAAUACUGCUGCAACACGCUGCUGGACGAGAAGUCGCAGGGGAUCUGGAAGGCGAACAGGCAGGCGGUGGGCCUGCGUGAGCCGCUGCCCAUUCUCACGGAGUCGGCGUACGCGGCGUUCGUGUUCGAUGGGGGUCCGUGCGAGAUAUGCAAGAAGCACACCGAUAACAUGUAUACGUCGUUCGCGAUCAAACUCCGCCUCUGUAAUAGGACAGAGUGUCAGACGGAGAUGCGUAGCAACAUCACCACCACAAACGGCGAUCAAAUGGACACCGCCAUUAUGUCGUGGACGCCUUCAAUGGAGGAUCACUCGUGGAUGGGUGAGCUCACCAACAUCAACUACUGGCCGACCUUCCGAGCGCGCCUCCGCACCGUCGACUACCAUGCAGCGCAGCAGGCAUUCACCAUCGAAGUUGCAUCUCACACGGUGGCUGCAGGAAUUGUGGCUGCGGCCAAGAGCAGGCACGCCAAAGAGAUAGAGCAAAACCAGCUAGCUAUGAAGUUCGCCGUCGACUUGCAGCUGUGGAAGAAGCAAUAUGCGGCUGCUGGGCAGGCAGUGAAGUUCUCGAAUCACGAAUUCUCGAAGAAGUUUGCCAAGCAGGAAGGCUUCGAAUACUGGGACCUUUGCGCGACGGAGACCUACAAGGCCCUCCUCCGCCACAAGACCAUGGUCCACGAGCGCAUCACCGACGACGACGCCAAGGCGCACCUCUUCGGCAUCACCGCCGAUCUCACACGCAUGCGCACGCGCCGCGACAACCGCAAGGCCGAAGAGCAGCUCCGCGCGAACCGCGCGACGGUCGAGAAGCACUACCACGGCUACUGCGCGCGCGAGGUCAUGCCCAGCUGGCCCGCGUUCUGCGCUCUGCCGCUCAUAGCGGAGCUGAUGAAGACCGUGAAGGAGGUGAAUUUGGCGAAGGCGCUGAGGAAUCAGCCGCUGCGGGGCGUGCUGGAGGGCGAGUUGGAGGCGUGGCGGGCGAGGGCGAGGGAGGCGCUCUGUGCGAAGGCGGGGCUGGCGAACGAGGUGCCGGUGAGCUCGCUCCGGGCGCAUCCGGUAGAGCAGGUGAAUGUGCGGUUCACGUGUGGGAAGUGCAAGGGCGUGCAGAGGAAGUAUGAGUACGACGAGAGCCUGGACUUUGCGGGGGUGUGCGCGCAUGUGUGUCCUGCGCAGAGUGGCGGGAAGAGGAAGAGGCAUGAAGAUGCAUCGUCGAGCUUUGAUAACUUCGUCUUUGAUGUGAAGGCGAGCGAGGCGAUGACGGAACUCGUGCGCGCGGCCGGGCUCGAUCCGUCGCGCAAGGAUCGCGCGGCGUCGCUCAAGGCGGUGGGCAGCGAGCUGCUCUGCAAGUCGUGCGUGCCACCCUUGGUGCUGCACUACUCGAGCGUUCUCGGCCACGCUCACCGCCACGAGCACAUGCAAAUCCAGCGCAUCACCUCUCAAGACGCAAUGGACCGCCGCUCUCAUCCCAUCGUCCCCGGCCUCACGCGCGCCCUCCUGCAUCUGCACAAGCCGCAGGGUAAACUUCGCCAGCUCAGCAACGCGAAGGAGUUUAGCUGCCGGCACUGUGCAAAUGGCGCGGACACGGAUGGAGAGGGCGUUGCUUGUGGUAUGGGAUGCGGACGUAUUUUCCCGACGAAGAGAUUGCUGAAGAAGCAUUGGGCGUUGCAUAAGAAUGGAGGAUGCGCGGACGACCCUAUGGGCGAUGCAGCGAACCCAUCAACUUCAACUGCUGCCGCUGCUCCUGCGACUGCGCCGUCCGCUACUGCACUUGCGGCCCCUGCUGCUGAAGGGACAGCCGAGCCGUCUACGCAAACAGAGAAGCCGAAAACUGGACCUCGUAUGUUCACCUUCAAUGGCAUGCGAUCCCACCUCGCCGAAAAGCACCAAAUUGCCUUGAUCCGCGACGAGGACUAUGAAUGCCACCGCGAUGCGAGACAGCUGAAGAGCAUUAUGCAGGCGGUGAAGGAACAGCCGCCUGCGAAGAAGCCGUCGGCGCGGAGCUGUGUGGCGGCGUGAGGGCGCGGGAGUACAUUGCGGCCUGAGGAUGCGACGUUGCAUGGCGGGUUGUGAUGCCAGAGGUGUUUCUCUUCUGCGCUUGUUGUCUUGUCUUCUUUCUGCUUGAUCUUUUCUACAGUGUACAAUAUGAACCUGUGUCAUUGUUGGCGUCUUCAUGCCUCGUUUGCUUCUCAUGGCCGAUUGACCUGGUGAAUGCUUUACGCACGGCAAUGCGCAAGUCAUUCUACUUUCGCACGCCUCAACUCGGUCCCUUUCGACUUUGUCCCUCUCUCUCACUUGCUAUUGACGGACCUACGGACUUCGCAUUAGCUGCCGCACGUCGAUAAGCCUCAGCAUUGCUUCGAUCCAUUCAAGUGCUUGUCUCGCG